AUGUCAUCUACGAGUGCUGAGUCAGAGCCUAUUAAGAAAGAUGUUUUUGAAAGUACAAAUGAAUCUGACAUAACGGAGGUGAAACAGCCUGUUGAAAACAUGAACUCAAAAGUUGGCGAUGAUAUUAACUUUUCAGAAAUGACAAUUCAUCAAGCUUGUCGACAAGGAUUUCUUCAUAUAGUAAAAGAUAUGAUCGAAAGUGGUUACGCUAAAGCAACUGACAGAGAUAGUAAUAAUGUGACUCCAUUACAUUUUGCGGCCAUUAGUAAUCAUGUGUCCGUUGCAAAAUAUUUGAUCGACAAUGGUGCUGAAAUAGAUGCUUUUGGUGGUGACUUGAUUGCUACUCCGUUACAUUGGGCAUCGAGGAAUGGUCAUUUGCCUUCUGUAACUCUUUUAAUUAACCAUGGUGCCAAUCCAAGUCUUCGAGAUUCUCAAGGUUUUGAUUGUUUACACCUUGCCGUACAUUCUUCUAAUCCUAUGUUGGUGUUAUACUUCAUAUUUUUGGAUAUGGCCGUUGAUACCCAAGACUCUUCACAACAUACACCCUUGAUGUGGGCUGCUUAUCAAUGUGAUGCAUUAACUGUAGAUAUACUAAUUCGAUUAGGAGCGUCUCUAUCCAAAGUUAAUAAUACGCAAUAUACACCUCUACAUUUUGCUGCAAUGAAGUCUGAUAAAAUGUGUUUAAGAAAGUUAAUAGAAGCUGGUGCAAAUGUAAAUGCUAAGGAUGAUAAUGGGAAAACUCCCUUUGAUAUAGUCAAAGAAGUGAAGGCUACAAAUAAAUGGGAAAAAGCAAUGAGAGAAACUGGACUUAAAAAUGAUGGAACAAGGACUCAUUAUCCUUGGUUUAUUGGAUUACCUUUGGCUAUUUUGGAAUAUAUAAUAUGUCACAUUAUAGUUACGAAGGUUUUUAUUAGAGCACAACUAAGUAUCGAAUUUAUGAGAACACCUUAUCUAUCAAGUAUAUUUCAAGCAAGCGCUUUCUGGGUUGGCGUCACAUGGAUUUAUAAACUUUUAUUUGCAACCUCAUUUUUAUAUUCGGCAAAUAUAAUUUUUGUUACAACAUAUGUCAUAUCAAUGUAUUCAUUUUAUGUCGUGGUAAUGGGCGAUCCGGGCUAUAUUCCAAAACCACAAUCACGUGAAGAACAGAAACGGUUGGUAAUAGACCUUGCAAAUAAAGGGAUGCUGGAUGCAAGACAUUUAUGUACAACAUGCAUGAUCAAAAAACCUCUUAGAUCCAAGCACUGCAAAGUGUGUAAUAGAUGUAUAGCCCGUUUUGAUCAUGAUACCUACUGUGGAUUCUUCCAAUAUGAUGCAUGGACUGCUUCCUUAUGUGCCUGGAGUGCGGUACAACUUCCUUGGUUAAUAAUAUUAUUAUGUUUCCAAGUUUACCAGAUUUCUUCGGCAAAAACUACAAAUGAGGUUAUGAACUUCCAUCGUUAUUCAUAUUUUACGAACAAAUCUCCUAGCGUAGGAAGUAAUGGAGCUGCUGGAGUGAAUGAAGUUAUUAAUAGUACAGAUGUCACUCAUCAACAGAGUGAAUGCGGAAGCAAAUGUAACCAUCAUCAUAAACAUAAUCAUUUUUCAAGAAUUCGUAGAGUAUUUGAAAGGCACGAUGAUAUCGUAAACCCAUUUAAUUUUGGAUGUUGGAAUAAUUGCCUGGGUUUUUGGUCGGAGGGAAACCGUGGAAAGUUACAAAACGUCGAUUGGUAUGAAAUUUUUGAUACCUCUUUUAUUGAACCAUGUGAUGAUGAUGUAAAAUCAAGGGCUGGAGGCUAUACUUCUUUAAAAAGAGAUGAAAUCGUAUAA